CUGCCCACUUGUCAUUUCUGCUGUGACUUCUAGUCCCUGGCUAUCCCCUACAUCUAUGUCCCUCACAUCUUUCCCCUUUCUGUCUUUCUGCAAUGUUCUGCAACAUUAACCUAUACUCUGUGUGUCAUGAGAUGUGUGCACACAGCCCUAAAUGGUUGACCACCAGCUAAAAGGCAAUUGCUUUUUCCUGGAGUGGGACACACAUUCUACACAGCACACACUUGUCACCAGCAGACAAGGUCCUGCUGAGAACCCCUGGCAGAGGAGUGAGUUGUACCAGACCUCUCUUGCUGGCACAGCACUGUAUCCUACUUUCUUGCUAGUUGUGAGGCCCCCGUCCCCACAGACACUGUUCUGUAACCAUCAGAGGCCGAGCGCUAUACAGUGUCCCCUUCCUUCACCUGAUCCUGGCUCCUUUGUCCUGAAAACAAACCCAUGGACUCAGUCCUGUUUGUGUCCUACACACAUUUGUAAUGGGCUGUCCUGUCCUUCCAAAGCAUAUAAUACACUUCACCAGCAUUUUUCUGCUCUCAGGUUGUUGGCAUGGGGUAAAAACUGAGAAAGCUUUUUCUGAGCAAUGUGUUUUUAUGGAAGGAGUGUCACAGACCAGGACUCCAGACCCGGGCCUGUCUAUCCCAAAGGCUCAUUCCUGCAAUGUGUGUAUCCUAGCGGAGAAAGACGUCUUGUACCUUGCUGAGCACGAAGGAACAUGUGCUGGACUGAAACCAUGCACUUGUGGGCCUUGUGGAAAACUGUGCUCAUUUAGUUCUUACUUACACCAGCACCAGAAGCAGAACCGUGGAGAGAAGGACCUUGGAAGGGAGGAGAACGGGGCUUUGUUCGUGAAGAGCAAAAUCCUCAUGUCAGACAAUAUUUUCACCUGUGGAGAGGUUGAGGAUUAUUCCCUGGGCAGCAUGGGCCUUCUCCAGCACCAGGCCAUCCCCAGCGGAGAGUAUCCACACAGAGGCAGAGGGAGCAGGGCAGUUUCUCACACUCUGCGACAGCAGCACAGCACGCGUGGGCAAGCCUGCCCCAAAAAGGUUAAAUUCAUGGAGCAGCAGAGUGCUUACACUGGAGAAAGCCUUCAUAAGUGCAGUCAAUGUGAAAAAUCCUUCGUCUCCAAAAAAAGACUUCUUGAGCACCAGAGAAUCCACACUGGAGGAAAGCCUCAUGAGUGUAGCAAAUGUGGGAAGUUCUUUAAGUACAAAUCUAGUCUUAAUCAACACUGGAAAGUUCACACUGGAGAAAGGCCUCAUAAGUGCAGUGACUGCGGGAAGUCCUUCAUCUAUAAAAGCAGACUUCUUGAGCACCAGAGAAUCCAUACUAGAGAAAGGCCUUAUAAGUGCAGUGACUGCGGGAAGUCUUUCAUCUAUAAAAAGAGACUUCUUGAGCACCAGAGAAUCCACACUGGAGAAAGGCUUUAUAAGUGCAGUGAAUGUGGGAAGUCUUUCUUCUACAAAAGAAUACUUCUAAGGCACCAGAGAAUCCACACUGGAGGAAAGCCUCAUGAGUGUAAUGAAUGUGGGAAAUUCUUUAGACACAGACCCAGCCUUAUUCAUCACUGGAAAGUUCACUCUAGAGAAAGGCCUUAUAAAUGCAGUGAAUGUGGGAAGUCCUUCAUCCAUAAAAGGAGACUUCUUGAGCACCAGAGAAUCCACACUGGAGAAAGGCCUUAUAAAUGCAGCGAAUGUGAAAAGUCCUUCUUCUACAAAAGAAUACUCCUUGAGCACCAGAGAAUCCAUACUGGAGAAAAGCCUUAUGAGUGUAACGAAUGUGGGAAGUUCUUGAGACACAAAUCUAGCCUUAAUCAUCACUGGAAAGUUCACACUGGAGAAAGGCCUCAUAAGUGCAGUGAAUGUGGGAAGUCCUUCAUCCAUAAAAAGAGACUUCUUGAACACCAGAGAAUCCACACUGGAGAAAGACUUUAUAAAUGCAGCACAUGUGAAAAGUCCUUUGUCUACAAAAGCAGACUUCUUGAGCAUCAGAGAAUUCACACUGGAGAAAAGCCUUAUGAGUGCAGCCAAUGUGGGAAGUUCUUCAGACACAGCUCCACCCUCCUUAAACACCAGAAAGUUCACACCGGAGAAGGCCGUCUCAGCAUGGUAAAUGUGGAAAUCUUUCAUCCGCAAAAAAAGAUUUCUUUUGCACCAGAGAAUCCACAUCAGAGAAAAGUUUUAUGAAUGCAGCAAAUGUGGGUAAACCUUCAUAAAAAGGUUUGAAUUCAAUGAGCACCAGAGAGUUCACCCUGGAGAAAAGCCAUAUGAAUGUAAUGAAUGUGGGAAAUUCUUUAGACACUGAUCAUUGAUCCACUCACAUUCAACACCAAAAAGUUCAUGCUGGAGAGAGGCCUUGAAUAUGUGUAAUGGAUGUGGGAUGUCCUCCAUUUACAAAAGAAAUCUUGAGCACAGAGAAUCCAAACUGGAGGAAGAACCUUUGAGUAUAAUGAAUGUGGGAAAGCCUUCAGCCUCAAGGAUAGACUUGUUCAGCACCACAAAGUCCACACUGGAGAAAAGGCUUUUUGUGCAGCAAAUGUGGAAAGUAUUUCAGUGGAAGAUACUGCUUUAUCAGGCACCAGAAAGUUCACAGUAGAGAAAGUCCUUAGUAGUAGACAAACACCUUGUUGUUUAAGCCACGUUGAAAUUUGGAGGUUAUGUGCACUUUGGGGGUAGGUUUAGGAUAGAAUUGUGGUUUGCCAGUGUGAAGGGGUGAACAGCUUUUGUGAGUCACAGUGUCAUGUCAGAGGCACAGUACAAGUCAGAAAAUACUUCUUUUUUGUUUAAGAUUUUAUUUAUUUAUUUGACAGAGACACAGCGAAAGAGGGAACACAAGCAGGGGGAGUGGCUUAUAAGUGCAGCCAAUGGGGGAAACAGGGUUCCCGCUGAGCAGGGAGCCCUAUG